AUGCAGUCGACCCAAAUUCACGGUUUUUCUGAAAACCUAACGCCACUUCCACCUGUGGUUACCCCUCCCUCUCCACCCAGAAUUAGUAAACAGCUUUUUAAUUGGGCCUACACCCGAAGACCACCAGCCCCACUACUUCUAAUCUCAAAGGAUGAUCGCCUUGUUGCUGAUGUCGCUGCUUUGAGGAAUGCUGGAUUUGCCAUUUUCGUGGCAUAUGAUGAUGCGACUUCAGCAGUACUUAAGAAUAGUGCUCGUUGUGCUCUUCCAUGGGCCCCUGAAACAGGAGGUGGCAUAUCUAGCAGGGAGAUUUGGGAUGGCAUAACUAUGGAGCAAGUUUGGCAGCUGCGAACCUUCAGACGCAAGAACCUUCUUGGGUUGCUGGCAGCGUCUCCACCUCCCCAGCUGCGAACCCUGAGGCGUGUGGCAAAAGAAAAGAAGAAACAGGAGAUGAUUAGACUAGGGUUGCUUGAACCACCAAAACCAAAGGUGAAAUUGAGAAACCUAAUGAAGAUUCUUGCGUCUGAAGCAACCCAAGACCCAACCAAGCUUGAGAAAGAGAUCCGCACAGCACAUGCCGGGCGUGAACAGGCUCACAUUGACAGGAACACUGCAAGGAAGCUAAUUCCUGCAGAGAAACGUGAGAAGAAAGAAAGAAAGCUCUUUAGCGAUCCAACAACAGUUGAGACGAUUGUGUCGGUGUACAAGCUCAACAAGAAGCUGUCGCAUCCCAAAACAAUAUUUAAAGUGGAGAAGAAUGCAAAACAGAACAUAUUAACAGGGUCUAGUUUGAUGACGGAGGGAAUGAGUGUUGUUUUGGUUGAGGGUAAAAGCAAAUCAAUAAAUAGAUACAAGAAGCUGAUGCUGAAGAUAAUAAACUGGAAAGAGGCAGAGAAGAAAGAAGAGGAGGAGAAUGGUGGAAACAAGUGUUGGUUGGUAUGGCAAGGAAGUGUCGAGAAACCGAGUUUUCAUCGGUUUAAUGUACAAGAGUGCUUGAAUGAAUCUGCUGCCAAGAAAGUUUUCACGGAUGCUGGUGUUGCCUACUACUGGGAACUCGCUCUCAAUUACUAA